UAAACUCCCACAUGUGAACGUCUGUGGACCGUGGUUCUUGACUUCUCCCCAGAGGAAACAUCUGGCCUCCCUCUUGUGCCUCCUGAGCUGACAGCAGUUUGAUCAAAGCCACUGGCUCAGUUCAGCAGGAACAGGAGUCUGCUCAACGCACAACAUGUUGUCGUCAUUGGUCUGUUUAGUCCCCAAAAGGUUCUUUUUUGUGGAUCUUGAGAUCCAGGUUGAAAAGGUUGAAAACUUAAGGCGACCGAGUGUUUGGACCCUGAAGCUCUGGAACGACCUGCCCGAGGAAAUCAGUCCAUCAGAGUCUGGGUUGUCGUUAAAAAACGUUUUAUCUGAGCUGUGUUUUUAAUUUCAAUUCCUUAACUGUUCUUUUCAUCGCUUCGCUGUAUUUCUUAUCGUGAAGCACUUUGCAACCGUUUUGAAACGUGCCAAAUAAAGUUUAACGUUAUCAUUUGAAUAUCAAGUAGCAGAUGAUGUGUGGAGAUGUCGUGAGGAAGUAAAGUACAGUGAUAAAAGCAAAAAUAAAUAUGGAUCUUGAUGAGUAUGACGCCCUACAGCAAUGUACAAAUGGUUUUAUAUGUUAUAUAUAUAUAUAUAUAAUAUAUAUAUAUAUAUAUAAUAUUAUGUAUAAGCACAUAUUCGACAUCUGUUUCAUAAGAUAAUUUUGUUUUUAUCAUAUAGGCUACAAAGGCAGCAGAACAGUGUCUGCUCCAUUGAGGAGUGGAUGGUUGUCCUCAAAUGCCCUCUGCUGGUGACGGUGAGGAGCUACAACUACACAACACUAACAUCUGGAUGAAUAUUUUUCCGUGAACGUGCUGCAUUUAACUUCGUUAAACAGGGAAUCAAAAACUAACCCCAGUUAUUCCCAAUUAUUAUAACGUUUUUAACAUAUAAACGAAAACGCAAACGUGCAGUACCACCGCAUCUCCGCCAGAGGGCAGACGCGCUCACCACAAGUCCAACAGGCGUGGAGCAAAUCACACGAAGAAGAAAAAACGAGGAAGUACAACAACAGCAGAACUUGUUCACCUCAAAAAGGCAAAAACGACUUCCGCUGAACAGUUGCCGCCACAGACAUGUCGAGCAGGGGGACGUUCGAGGGCCGCGUGUGCGCCGUGAUGGAGGCCCUGGUGGCGGCGGCGGUGGCGGAGCUCCGCAGGCUGCUGGCGGGGGAGUGCGGGGCCGGCGGGGCCCGCGACGCGGCGGUGAAGAGCGAGGAGGAGGAGAGCGACGUGACUCCGCCACCGGAGCGGCGCUCUGAUGACGCCACGACGAAGCGUUUUGCGGCGCUCAUGGAAGCGUGGACCAAAGAUGCGGUUGAGAAAAUAUUGACGGCGUUGAAAGUUUCCGAAGCGUCUGAAGUUGUUCCUGUGCUGAACGACAAGACGAAGAAGACCAGCGUGAUGAAGAAAGCCGGGCAAGGGGCCAGGGCUAAAAAGCAAUCAGCAGCCAGAAGAAAGAAAAUGGACCAUAUGUAUUACAGAGCCACACACAAAGACGUCAGGGAGGAGGAUGCGGACGCUUCGACCGCCACACCCAAGACCGAAAAGAAGAAGAAGAAGAAGACGUCGACGACGACGACCGGGCCGUUCAAAUGUCCGUCGUGCGACAAGCCGUUUGCUCUGAAGUGUCUGAUGGAGAGGCACUACCAGACCCACUCCAAGCCUCACCUUUGCCCGGAGUGUGGCAAACGUUUCGCCACCAUCCGGGGGCUCGUCGGCCACUCGAGGCGUCACACGGGAGAGAAGCUUUACAAGUGCUCCGACUGCGGCACGGAGUUUGCUCACAAGUCCACCUUCGCGAGACACGAGCGUCAGCACUGCGUGAAGAACCUGAGCGUCCACGUGUGCACGUUUUGUGAGGGUUCGUUCGCCGGGGUGCUGGCGUUUCAGCGCCACAGGUGCUGGGCCCUGGAGAAGACCUUCGUCUGCUCCCUUUGCCCAGAGACGUUCGAGAGCAGGGAGCGCUUGGCCGAUCACGAGCAUCAGCAUCCCGGAGCCAGAGACUUUGUCUGCGAAAUGUGUGGCGAGACCUUCCUCUCGUCCUCGUCCUUGGCCACGCACCGCGUGACUCACGCGCGGAGGGACACCUGCUGUGACGAGCUCGGCCUCGGCUGCAGCGACGCGAGCGUCCUCAAGAUCCACCUGAGCAAGCACACCGGGGAAAAGCUCUUCCCCUGCGAGGUGUGCGGCAAAGGCUGCAGCCACCGCAGCGCCCUGAAGCACCACAUGCUGACCCACACGGGCGAGAGGCCGUUCGUCUGCGACACCUGCGGCAAGCGCUGCGGCCACGCCAGCGCGCUGCAGAACCACAUGAGGGUCCACACGGGGAGGAAGCCGGGGCAGCCGCCGGUCUGCUGCGUGUGCGGGAAAACGUUCCGCAGCGCCGUCAACCUGAAGUACCACAUGAGCGUGCACACGGGCGAGAAGCCCUACGCCUGCGACCGCUGCGACAAAAAGUUCAGCAACCCCAGCAACCUCAAGGUGCACGCGACCAUCCACUCGGGGGAGAAGAUGUACGGCUGCAACGUCUGCGGCAAGAGGUUCACUCAGGCGUUCAGCCUCAAGCUGCACCGACGCAUCCACACGGGGGAACGGCCGUAUCGCUGCACGGUCUGCGGGAAAGAGUUCAUAAACGGCGGCGACUUCAGGAAGCAUCAGAGGGGCCACCAGCCCGAGGAGGCGGGAGGCGGACGGCCUGAAAAAAACUAAACUGAGCACUGAUACUGUAUUUUCAGACAGAGGUGUCUAUCACUACUUGUGUUUCAUGACAGAUCAAUCAGCAGGUCUGUGAGAUAAAAUGUCAUAAGCAACGGUUUUGUUCAGUUUCUCUCUUUAUAACCACGUUUCAGGCUCCCCACCAGAGUUUUAGAAAUACUGGCUGCAGGAUUACUGAGGUCCGGCGCUGAUGUUCCGACGCACGGUCCGAGUUCCAGUUCAUCCCGAAGGUGCUGGGUGGGGUUGAGGUUUCACAUGUGAAGAACAAAGGAGUUAUUUUUGUUAAUAUAUAUCAACACGCCAACUCGCUCGCUGUGAAUUUUCCAGAGAUUUUCCUUCUGUAAUCAUCACAUGGGCUCACUCAGAAAUUUCCCCAAAAAUUGACUGUGGGGGGCUGGCAGUAAAAAUGUUCCGUUGCAACAUUUGUGGAUAUCUUUCGUUCAGAAAGAUAUCCAGAAAAAAAUGUCCGGCUUUCAGUGCAUGUCUGAAAGCGGCUUACGAAAAACACAAAGAGUGAGAGUCCACACAAUUAUGGCCCUUAUAGAUCAUUGUAACUGGUGACAUUGGACUUGAAAUGUGUCUUUUAUUAUGGAAAAUAAAGUAAUUCAGCUUUUCCU